CUAUGAAAGUAUGAAACCCAGUGCGGUGUUCUUGUCAGAAAUGAUUGGCUUCUUUAAAAUUGAGUUAAGUCUAACAGGAUAAUAUAGGGCCGCGCCGACAACCGGCAUCAGCGCCAAGCAGCUCGGGCACCGGCACCAAGCAGCAGGACCAGCAGCGAACCAUCGCGUGCGCGCCCUCGUGUGUGUGAGCGCGCGCGUGUGUGUGUGAACGAGCGUGCGUGCGCGUAAAAAAAAAAAAAAGAGCGAAAAAAGCACAACAGUCGCCACACACACAAGUCACAACAACGACAACGGUCGACGAACGGAGAGUUGUCCGAGUAUAGUGUCGUCGUCGUGUCGGUCGGGGUACUCGGUGCGAGUACUUGCACUGUGCACUACAACGGCCGUUCGCGUAACCGUUUUUCCGUCACCAGUGUUCGUGUCGUCGAAACGUUAACGUACAACAUCGUUCGGCCUACCGAAGCGGUGGUGGCGUUCAGUAGCCCCCCGUGUGCUCGGUACGAUUGUGGUCGUCGUCGUCGUUGUUGUUGCUCGUACACGGCGGUGGUGUAGAUUAAAAUUUCCGGUCGACCGUCCGUUUCACAUCAGCUGCUGCACACGGGCCGCCGGAUCGUGUACACACUCACACACACACACACACACGCACACGGAAUAUAUUCGCCACACCACCACCGCCGCCGCAACGUCUUCAUCACUUGCUCGCCCGCUCUCUCUCUCGCUCUAGCGCGCGCACACUGCCGCCGCUGUCACCACACCCAGCCGCGCGCCGGCGAGACGACCGCCCCAGCCGAGUGCGAGAUAUCGCCGUACCCACACACACUCACACACACAUACUCGUACACACUUACGUAUUAUACACGUCGUCGUAUAUAGUAUUAUAAUAAUAUAACACUCGCACACGUAUAUUAUCAAUGUGUGCACGAGUGAUGUAGUUAAUAUUUUUGUGCCGAACCGAACGCGCUAAAAGUCGCAUUGGCAUUUUUUUUUUCCUUUCGUUUAGAGCCCUUCCGCGGGUUAGUGUGUGCGUGCGCGCUCGUGUCGUUUUUCUCGUGUGUGCGGCCGUCGCCCAUCGACGGAUAGCGGAGUUUUGUAUGUGAGAGUGUGUGUGUGUGCGUGUGUGUGUGCGGCUCGCCUUCGUUCCGUUUUUACGCGCGACCGCCGAUUUCGUCGCCGGAUAUCCACUGGUCAACGACUACCCACCCGGGAUUCGCGCCACCACGCCGGCUCUACUCACGGCACCACCGCCGGCAGCACCGGCUCCGGAGAUGUGUUAUACAUGGACGAUGGCGUGCUGCCGGUUGUCGCCGCCUUCCUAGGAGGGUGACGGACGACCAGAGUCGUGGUGUUGGACGACGACGACAUACACCCACACGCACGGUGCGUUUUUGGUGAGGCACGGCGCGCUGCGAGUCACUGUGGAGUGGCACGAGGUGUCUGCUGCUGCUGGCCGCGUUGGUGGUGGUGGUGGUGAGUACGACGGGUGGACAGUGCAGCAAGUAAUAACGGACUCGCCGCGGCAGCCCACUGUCCUCCGUCAUCGUGGUGGACCGGGCCGCAAGGUGCUGCUACUGUCACCGCAGAAAUGGCGUGUUGUCUAUCUGAGGAGGCCAAGGAACAGAAGCGCAUCAACCAAGAGAUUGAACGACAGCUGCGGCGUGACAAGAGGGACGCCCGGCGAGAACUCAAACUCCUAUUGCUUGGUACUGGUGAAUCAGGGAAAUCCACAUUUAUCAAACAAAUGCGGAUUAUCCAUGGUUCUGGUUACUCCGACGAAGACAAAAGAGGGUUCAUCAAACUAGUAUACCAAAAUAUAUUCAUGGCCAUGCAGAGUAUGAUCAGGGCCAUGGACAUGCUCAAAAUACAUUACUCUGAUCCAUCAUGUUCUGAACGUGCGGAGCUCAUUAAAAGUGUAGAUUUUGAAACCGUUACGACUUUUGAAAGUCCAUACGUCGAAGCGAUCAAAGCACUCUGGGGAGACUCCGGCAUUCAAGAAUGUUACGAUCGCAGGCGCGAAUAUCAGCUCACAGAUUCUGCUAAAUAUUAUUUAAUGGAAAUAGACAGAGUGGCCAGUCCAAAUUAUCUGCCCACAGAACAAGACAUACUUAGAGUAAGGGUACCCACGACGGGCAUUAUCGAAUACCCGUUCGAUCUAGAAGAAAUUCGGUUUAGUUACUUAAGCGACUUAGCAAGAAUCGAGGCCCCCGAUUAUUUACCUACCGAACAGGACAUUCUACGGGCUAGGGCUCCAACUACAGGCAUUAUCGAGUACCCUUUCGAUCUUGAUGGUAUUGUCUUCAGGAUGGUUGAUGUUGGAGGCCAAAGAUCAGAAAGAAGAAAAUGGAUCCACUGUUUUGAGAAUGUAACAUCCAUCAUAUUCUUAGUGGCACUUAGUGAAUAUGAUCAGAUUCUUUUUGAGUCCGAAAACGAAAAUAGGAUGGAAGAAUCCAAAGCAUUAUUCAAAACUAUCAUAACAUAUCCUUGGUUCCAACACUCAUCAGUAAUAUUGUUUUUGAACAAAAAGGAUCUUCUCGAAGAGAAAAUCAUGUAUUCUCAUCUGGUAGACUACUUUCCAGACUUUGAGGGUCCUCAAAGGGACGCCAUAAGUGCACGAGAGUUUAUACUAAGGAUGUUUGUGGAUUUAAAUCCUGAUAGUGAGAAAAUAAUUUAUUCACAUUUCACAUGUGCCACAGAUACCGAAAACAUUAGAUUUGUCUUUGCGGCAGUGAAAGACACCAUACUACAAUCCAAUCUUAAAGAAUACAACCUUGUGUAAUAUUGCACAAAUAACGCAAAACCCCAUAUGUUAAUAUUUUUUACUAUUAUAAUGUUAAAAUAACAAUACGAUUAGUAUAAAUCCUAAUUAUAUAUAAAAACAA